AAUGCCUAGAGGACGUUGCGCUACGGUAAAAAUUUCAAAAAUGGCGGAUAACCGUCAAUAGAGUUCACGUGCAGUGCCGGUUCGCGGGCUGUAACAGUAAUUUACAGUUGAGAGCGUAAUAAUUCAUUUUUUAUGAAUAAACAAUGAUCGUAGUUGGUUCAAUUGAUUGAUUUAUGAUCGAUGAUAAAAUUACGUGAUUUUUUAUCCUCACGUUGGUUUUUUCCCAUGAAAUAAAAUGGAUCGGCAAAGUAUCGGCAGUUUGCUCGGAAAAAGUACAACCUCCCCGAGGAAACGGUUGUCCAUCGUUCAAUCGCUGAAGAAAAAUACUACUCUCAGUGUAUCUGGCCGGUCAAAUCAAUCGGCUCAAGUAAUUUGCCGGACGUCCAGCCACGUGGUUGAAAGCUUUGGCUCCUCUCUACCAGUUCUUGUCACUGAAGCUCUGACUUUUGUUGACCGUCAAACAGCUGUCAGUGUCAAUGUCUCGUCAGACGGAUGGGCUUGGUUGGUCUGCGGUCGCAGAUUGCUUGUCUGGCAAUGCAAAACUACUAUCCACGACCCAAAGCAGAGACGUACAUUCAAAAGCCAAUGCAGAGAAUUGCUGCUCCCUCAGAGUGACCUUGCUCACAGAGCCGAGUGUGUGGCUGUUUGGCUUCCUCCAGGGCAACAGGUGCCAAGUUGCAUAGCAGUUUCACCGGAAGGAAUCGUUCGAUAUUGGUCGAGCGUAGCUCAUGAAGGUUCCUCGGUUGAGACGAGUGCUGAACUGGCAGGUCAAGAAGUCGAUUGCUUGACACAUGUACCUGGCCACGGAUGCAUCCUUGCAACAACGACUUGCACGGUUGCUCUCCUCCAGCCUCAGUUUGUCUCUGGCAGAAACCAAAUUUCGUGUCGUGUUUUGCGGACCAGUCAGGGAUGGCUCGGAGGGAUCGGACGCAGAAUGUCUUCACUCAUUUUUGGAGCUAUUCCACAGUCGCCGGUCAUGGAAACGAAACUCGUUAAAGUAACGUGCAGUGGUGUCGGUGACCGGGAUUCACGUGUUCUGAUAUUAGCAGGCUCCUCGUUGCAAUGUUGGUCUUUUCCCCAUGGGGAGCAGGAAAAGAUGGAGUUCGACGAGGACAUUGGCCACCUGGUUUCGCAGGCAUUUCAACGUAGAUUCUGGGAAUCGAACGCCUGCAAUCCUUACAACGUGGCUACUUGGCUCAUCGAUAUGCAGCCCUGUGACGAGGGAAUGGUCCUUUUGAUGGCUGCACAUUGUGCUGAUCUGUCGCCACAAAUUCACUUUGCAAUAGGGCUCGUACCACUCACGAGAACAACGCUAACGAGUUCCUUCAAGUGGUUCACUCCAGUCAAAAUAGGUCCGAUAAUGUACGAUUCCCAAAACGAGGAAAUCGAGUCCGUCAUUUUCUCGUACCGUUUCAUUCUCUCGGGAUGGGAAGUGAUUAUCUACAACCAUCAAAACGUUAUUGUCGUCAAUAGUACGAACGAACACGAACAGGACAAAAUAGAUUUGAUGAGAGGCGGCGAAGAUCGAAUCCUCGGCGGUGCUUUGUGCUCUGGGACUCCAGUCUUAUUCACACGAAAUCUUGCCCUCAUCACGGUCAUGCCUACCGACUUUUCAGCCCAAGAUUUCGACGGAAGUUACGUCAUGGGAGGCAACAGUAUGGACAACACCUUGAAUGGCAGUAUGACAACAGACAAUUUUACUUCCGCUGUUAGCAAUGAAAAAUUGCAAGAAAUGUAUUACAGCUCGGACGCUGUUCAACAGCUGUCGGCUGCUUUCUUGCUGAGCCUUCGCCAGAGCAAGGCUGAAUGCGAGCAAAUUCUCUCCGAAUUAUUUCCAGCGCAGGAUGAGCCGAUAAUGGACAUCGACGCGAGCCUCGACAUGAUAGUAUUGAAAGUAGCGAAAAACGUGAUCGACGAUUACCCUGCGAACGAUCCGCGCUGGUCGAACCGACGAGAUUAUUCUACGACCCUGAGUGGAGUUUUUUCUGUACAAAUUCCCCAUCAGUUGGAGGGCAAACAAAAAGCUUUGGAUUUCUACGUCUCGUUUUUGAAAGAGCACAAUUUGUGGAUCAGAUUCUGCGCCGUCACCUACAGGGGAAUAAUCAUGUCGACGGCUCACGUGCUCAGUGAAUAUGCGGAAAAAAUAGUAGCUGCUCUGACGAUAUUCAACUUGCAAAUUCGCUACCCGGAAAUCCUCGACUCGAUGAUCGAAGAGACUCUCAACAAUCACCUCGACAGCGAGACUCGAAUAUCGGACGAGCUCACGGCUCGCGACAUUUUUUAUCGAGAAGUCAGCACGAUCGAUCGCCUUUUGCCUGCCUUGGUUGAGAGCGCCGCGGAUAAAACGCAGUCGGAAAAUUCGUCGCAGCAAAUCUCCCAUUACAUUUACCAAGUCAAUUCCAUUUUGCUCGCCGUUUUCCACGAAGUCAUCAAAUAUCGGCAGCAGAACGCUGAACGUUACGUCCCUUCCGGUUGGACGAACGGAGUCACCGAGUAUCUUCCCUGGACCGCGGCAACGGGGAAGCAGGGACUGCGCGGUUGCUUGAACACGAUGGAAAACCUGACGCUGAAACACGGCAUCACGGGCACGAUCGAUUCGACGUUGAGGAACGAGCUGAGCGAGCAGCUUGUCAGUUUGAUCGACCUCAUUCUGGACGGUCGAAAAUGCCAUUUGGAGAGUCUCCGGGGCACCGAGAAGUUUGAGGUUUUGCUCAAACAGUACGAGACUGAGAGGACCAAUCUGAUACAACCGUUGAUUAAAGACAAACAGUACGAAAACGCAGCGAUCGUGGCUGAAAAGUACCUCGAUUUCGCUUCCCUCGUGCAAAUCUGCGAAUUGACAGACAACAAAUCCCGACUGAAUAGCUACAUGGAAAGAUUCGCUGCCCAGGAUUUCGUAGGAUUCAUGUUUUCAUGGUACGUGAAGAAUGGGCGACAAGGACAAUUGGUCGAGCGUUGCCGGCGUCCAGGGGCCGUAGAGUUGACUGAAAAGUUGUCCGAGCACCCUUCGCUGUCUUGGGUCCAGGCAGGUUUGACCGGGGAAUACAGAUUGGCGGCGAACACGCUCCAUUCGCUCGCUCACCAGGAGACUGAACUAGUGCGACGAAAAAAAACGAUGCUGUCACUCUCGAAAUUGGCUCUCCUCGCCUCGGACGAGGCCGACGACGAGGUCGCCGAGGACGUCAAGAUGAUAAACAACGAAUUGAAGUUGAUCGAGCACCAGGAAGACGUCCCGGAAAGUGUGCUCGAAACUUACGGUUACGACACCGAAAAAAUGCGGGUUCUCUCGGCCGUCGAACUCGUCACGCUUUACACGUGCGAGGAAAAUGUGCUGGCGGACGCGUUCGAUUUCAAGAAAGCCCUGGACCUCCUGGAGCACGUUGAACCCGAAGAGGAGCGACCGGUUCUGAAGCUGAAAAUUUGGGCGCGAGCUGUUCGUCGAGACCGUUGGGACACCGUGUCCAAAAACCCCGAGGAGCAAGUCAAGGAAACUUUGUUUUUCAAGCUCAUUGACGUCUGCCAGACGAUGGAUCCUCAGGCGGAAGAUUUUUUGCCUCCCAUCGCGAUGCUGCUGUCAGAACCGGAAGUCGGGACACUCGCCGCCUCCAGCAGCUUCCAGUAUUUAGUGAAAUUCGCGUAUGAAUAUGCUCAUCGAAUAUUUUCAGACCAAUAAUUGUUAACUUCCGCGAGAAUAAGCACCGCCGUCGUCAAUUUAUAUUUUUUACAUGAAAAAGCGAAUAAAUCAAUUUGAGAAGA